UGCAACGAAUAGAUCGGUUUGCUGACAGGAGUGAUGACUAUUCAGGGAGAGGCACUCUCCAAAACAUGUAUGUGUCAUCUUUUUACAAUGCCAAGGGUCAAUUCAGGAAGCCACAAGCUGUGAGACGAUAGAAAAUGACAAGGAAGAGAAAGAGUGGAGAGAAAGGAAAGGCAGGUGCACAGAAGAAGGUGGCCCAAAAAAGAGAUGGUAGGACAUCAUCAUCCAGAACACGUUCGCAGAGCCAAACGAAAUGCAAGUAUACUAGUCACCCAAGCCCAUCCAGAUCCAGAGACCAUGGAGGGCACAGCUCGGGCUCAACAGAGCCUGAACCGCUGAGUAAAGAUGCUCAGACUCAAACAAGCCCAAGUGGGCUGGAAAACAAGGAGACUCAGACGGAGACUGUUAGUCAGGCAACACAACAGACACAAACAGAGCUCAAUGGCAACACUGAGACCACAGAAGUGUCAACAGAACUCGGUCCUGAAGAUGUUAAGAUGGAGGUGGAAACUGGCCUGUCAAGGAACAAAGGAAAUGAAAGUGAUGGACAAAAGGAUGAAAGUGUUGAGAGGAAGAAAAGGAAAGUGGGUGAAACAAGGGAACCUACAGAGGAGACAAAAGAAAAGACCAAACUAUCAGAUGGUUGCAGAAACCAAGAUGGAGACGAUCAGAAAGACAAAGCUGCAAAUAAAAAAUGUUCAGAAGGAGAUUCACAAAAGGACACUAAACUCAAGUCAAUAACAGAAGAACCUAAAUUGUACGCAGCAGCUGCUGGAGUGGGAAAGACUGAACAGUCUAAGGAGCAGAGGAAUCAGACAGCAACAGUUCAGGACAAUAGCAAAAGAAGAAAACCUUCCCCAGUGAGGGCUCCAGCCGAACAGCCAGUGUUCACUUUCUACAUUUAUGCUGUUCUGGACAAAAAAUUCAGAUUUAACAGACAGCAUGACUCUCUUUUGCUCCUUCAAGGGAAUAAAGUCUUUGAACUACAGAUUACAUAUUUUUUGGGUCUACAACAGGAAGGCUAUUUGAUUGAAGCAACAUUUUCACUUUGGCAAGGCAUUGACAGGGGUGUUCCAAUAGAAUACAGAUAUGCAGUUCAGAAACAAAGUGGCCCCAUUAUGGAAACAGCAUUAAGACGUGUUUAUGUCCCCACUGAAAAUACAGUAAAAGAAUGGCACCUUUAUGAAGGUUACAUAAGUUCAAGUUCAAGAUCUGUUAAAGAACGGGUGACGGACUGGAUCUUUCAGAAUGCACAAGAAGAAAUUUGCAAACGCUGGGAGACAUCUGCACAUGCACUGCUGGACAGAGUGUUUAAGAAAUGGGGGUCAUUUAAUGAUGAAGACAACAAGACACUUAUCCAACACCUAAACAGUUACAAACAAGGUUUUCAGUCAGUCAUGAGACGUUUGAAAUUUCCAGAGCAUCCUUCCCCUUCUCAAAUAGAAGUCUCAGAACUGAUUUCUAGUAGACUGAGUUGGAUUUUGAAAGGAGGAUCUGGAGGGAAACCUUCAGAGAGCUCGUCUGUCAGCAAAUCAUUGGAAGCAGCCCUCUCGGUGUUCCAGGUGUGCUGUGGCUGUGGUGUGGAUCUCGGCACAAAGGACUGGGGCAAACUCUGUCAAGUAGUCUCUGAAAUGACUGCUUCUCUUGGAGAAAUGCAAACAACCCUAACAGCCGUACCUUUAAUUGACUACACUGUGACGGGACUGAUGAAUCAAUGUGCAAGGAAGCUGAUCUCAGAAGUGGUGCUACUUGUUCCAGUCCUUCAUUUACUGAGAAAGUCAGGAGCAAUGCCAGAUCCAGACUCAGCUAUGAUCGAACAGAGAUGGGCAGGGCUUGAAAAUAUAGAGUAUCCAUCUUUCAGGGAGAGAAUUAGAGGACUCUCUGACAAAAGGAGGAUGGUCCAUCAGCUGAUCAAAGAUCACUCAUCAAUGACCAAGGAUAAUCCUUACUUGUUGAAAAGCUGGCUUUCCAUGGUGGCUUUUGAGGAUGUCCCCGAGUUUGUCCAGUUGACAGGAAUUGUUCCUGAACUCCUGAUCCAGACCCUGAUGUAUAGAAUGAAGGAGGCUGAACAAAACACUGAUCACAACUGCACAGAAAAAAACCUGGAGGCAACUGAAAAGGUUCUGAACCUCUUGUUGAAGAGGGUUGAGGAGGACAGAGAACGAAUCAUGGAGCCCAAGUUAUUUGACCUAAUCCUUCGGUGUUGCAGAAAUGUUCACAAGAGUGUUUGCAAAAUCACUCGACUUGUCCCACAAUACAGGGUCACAGUGCUCUCAUUCAAACUCCUACUUAAAACGGCUGAAAUUCUUCAUGAUUAUUUUUCAAAGGUACUGUAUCAUUGA